AUGGUACGUUUUGAGCAACAGAUGCUACCUCAAAGAAUGGAAUCAGGAGGUCCUUAUCGUCUUCUGCACUGUUCAGGUCUUGGUGACAAAGAGGGAGUGAUGCAAGAGCUUGAGAAAGGAGUGGAACCCAAUCUGGUUGACUAUGAUAAGAGAACAGCACUUCAUUUAGCUGCCUCUGAAGGUUGUGCAGAGAUUGUUGUUUUACUUCUUGAGAAAGGAGCUGAUGUGAACUCCACAGAUCGUUGGGGUCGAACUCCACUCUCCGAUGCCCGUAACUUUGGUCACGAGGAUGUAUGCAAGAUUCUAGAGGCCCAUGAUGGUUAUGAUCCGUUGGGUGACUCUGAUACACCAUGUUGUAUGAUUGGUCAUGGUGAAGUGGACAUGAAGGAGGCAACUCUUAUUGGAGAAGUAAUUUCUCUUACCCAGAAGCCAAGGCAAAUAUCAACUUGA